CGUCACUGUGUUUCCGGGAGCAGCUGAGAAGGUGACACACUGAUGGCCGUUAAAUAACAAUCACAUGGUGUUUGGUGACAAUCAUGGAUGCCCUCGAGGACACCUUCAGGACUCUCUCCAUCGCCAGGAGACUGGAGCCCAGUGAGGCCACGUACAUUCUGGACCUCUCUCUUGCAUCCAGUGGGUCAGAUUUGCUGGCUGUGUGCUGCUCCAGUUACUCUGUGCACCUGCACUGCAGAGAAACGCUCCGCCUGGUGGGAGAGUUCCAGGGUCACACGGCUCCUCUGUGUGGGGUCCGUUUCUCUCACCUGUCCCCUCACCUGCUGUUCACCGGCUCGGCCGAUGGGACAGUGAGGUGCUGGGACGUCCGACAGCCUGGUUCUAAUGCCACCCAGGUGUUUCGCAGUGAUUCGACACAUGCGUACUGCUCGUUUGACGUGAGCUGUAGUGACCGUGUGCUGUGCGCAGGCACAGAGCAGAUAGAGGAGGAGAGUUUUUUAGUAUUCUGGGAUGCCCGUAUGGUUCAGGAUGGAGGUGCGUCGGGCUCUAAGAUGGGCGGUCUGCUGGGAGUUUACUCAGAAUCGCACAGUGAUGACAUCACGGCGGUGAAGUUCCACCCACAGCAGGCGGAGCGUUUGGCUUCUGGGGCCACAGAUGGACUUGUGAACGUGUUUGAUCUGAGUCUGGGUGGAGAGGAUGACGCUCUUGUCACCACCUGUAACUGUGAAUCCACUGUAAGCUCCCUCUGCUGGACAGGCAAAUAUCUUGACCAGCUGCUUUGUCUGACUCAUGAUGAGGGGCUACACCUGUGGGAUGUGGCUCGCCCAGACAGCGAUGACACUUUGACCCUUGUGAGUUCGGCUGAUGCCCGAACACUUGUCCAGCUCCCUGAUGGAGCCUCACUCGAGUACUUUGUGGGCGGUUCAUGGAUGUCAGAUGAGGAGCGUCUUCUUUUAGUAGGAGGGAGUAAUAAUGGAAAGCUCCACCUCCUGGACUGCAGUGGGAGUGGUCUGAAAUUCAUUAAAUCCCUUAAAGGGGGUCAUUCAGCUACAGUGAGAUGCUUCCAGUGGGAUGCGAUCGCACGAUGUCUGUUGACGUGCGGGGAGGAUGGCCAGUUGUUGCAGUGGAAGGCGGGAGCAGAGGAAAUCAGUGUGGGGAAGAAAGAUCCUCUGAAAAGCAUCUCCUCCAUGCAGCUCAAAACUAAAGCUCACAGAAAACAAGCUACAAAGAAAGACCGGUCAAAACUCGCAUGAUCACAUAUACUGCA